AUGGCUAUCGUCAAUAACUCAAAAUCCACAAGGGUUGGCGAGGAUGUGGAGGAAAGGGAACCUUCAGGCACUGUUGAUGGAGAAAUUGUGGCCCACAAAGGAGAAAUAGAGCAAGGUUACCCAGUUGGUGAAAAACACCAGGACAAGCCUGCCCGCAAAUCGACUGGUGGUAAAACACCAAGGAAGCAACUGGCUACAAAAGCCGCUCAUAAGAGUGUGCCCUCUACUAGAGGGAUGAAGAAACCUCAUCGUUACAAGCCUAGUACCAUGGCACUCCAUGAAAUAAGUAACCAGUCCUCUGAACUUCUGAUUUCCAAACUUCCCUUCCAGUGUCUGGUGCAAGAAAUUGCUCAGGACUUCAAAACAAAUUUGCGCUUCCAGAGUGCAGCUAUUGGUGCUUUCCAGGAGGCAAGUAAGACCUAUCUGGUUGGCCUUUUUGAAAACACAAACCUGUGUGCUAUCCAUGCUAAACAUGUAACAAUUAUACCCAAAAACAUCCAGCCAGCACACCGCAUACGUGUAGAACGUGUUUAA